AUGGCACAUUUUACCGGCUUUGAGGGCAAUCUCGCGGAUACGACGCCACUAAAGCUCAAUACGCGUCAUGGAGGUGAUGAUAUGUCUGUUUCUGAUCUCUCCACGACGCCUCAGUUUCGAUGGAUGGGCGACGCCGCUCCAGCCACUCCAGGCAGCGUCCAGGACGAGAAAGAGGCCAGCGGGGAUACAUCUUGGAUGCAUGAACAGAGCCACGAUGUGAUAGAGCAGUCAUUUGAUGAGACGCUGCAGUUUCAACAGACGACAGUCGACGAGGAUGCGGAUCGCAGCGGGAUGCACACGCCUGUGGCACCCGGUCGAAACAACGAGGAUCAGGAACUCGAAGAGUUUGCUUUUACACUCAGGAAGAUGAGACGGACCAUCAAUGGCAUGACAGACGUCCUGCGGUCCACAAUCCCAGAGUAUCAGAGGAUGCAGAGAGCGAUUGAAAACUGGGAUUCUUUGAGCAAGCAGUACAACGCGAUCAUGAUCGAAACCGAGAAGACUGCAAGGGUUUUGGAGGACCCGUCGUGGCCAGGACGUGAUUUGGAGGAACUACAACUACAGCAGGCUCAAGCAGCCGAAGAGGAGCGACGAAGACUGGAAGAGGCGGAGCUAGAACUUCAGCGUCAAAGAGAGGAGGAAGAGCGACAGGAGCGGUUGUUGCGCGAGAGACUAGAACAGGAAAGACUGGCCAAACAAUCAUCUGUUCGCGGAAGGGGCAGAGGGCGAGGUGUUCCCCCUCCCACACGAGGAUUGACAGGUUCUACGGGCUCGUUACGUGGAAGGAUUCUGCUUAGAGGGCGGAUAUUGCCUCGUGCUCUGCAACCGUCACGAGUCAUACGGUCGAGCCUCCCAAGGCGGUCGUUUGCAACAAACGGCGACCCCCAGGCCAAGGCUGCAGAAUUAGUCUCCUUCGGUCAAAAACACGUAGCCAAGGGUCUCAACAGGCUCGUGGACGACGUCAUUCAGAGUGCAGAGGGUAGUUAUGUGACUUUGACGAGCGGCAAACGCCUUUUGGAUUUCACGACCGGUAUUGGUGUUACAAAUCUUGGACAUUGCCAUCCAAAAGUCAGUAAGGCGGCAGCUGAGCAAUGCAUGAAGGUUGUGCAUGCACAGUGCAGUCUUGCAUUCCAUGAGCCCUAUCUCGAGCUGGUCGAUGCUUUACUACCGGUCGUUCCCAAAGGACUAGACACAUUCUUUUUCUGGAAUUCUGGAGCUGAAGCUGUGGAACAAUCCAUCAAAAUCGCCCGCGCGGUCACCGGCAGACAGAAUAUUAUAGCAAUGCAAGGUGCCUACCAUGGACGUACUUAUGGGACAAUGGCUUUGACGCGCUCAAAGACCAUUUACUCUGAGGGCUCGGCUCCGCUUAUGCCUGGUGUCUUUGUUACUCCAUUUCCCUACUGGCACCAAGCAGGUUUCCCACAGAAUGUCGACGAGAAGACGCUGGUAGACCAUUGCUUGCACCAAUUAAGCCUUGUCUUUUCCCAGCAGACCGCCCCCAAGGACACGGCGGCGAUCAUCAUUGAGACCGUCAUUGGUGAAGGGGGCUAUGUUCCAGCUCCAAAAUCGUAUCUCGAAGGGCUUCGCAAAGUGUGUGAUGAGCAUGGCAUCGUUCUCAUCUUCGACGAGGUCCAAUGUGGGUUUGGCCGGACGGGAAAGUACUUUGCACAAGAGUGGAGCGGGGUCCAACCCGACGUGAUGGUCUUUGCUAAAGGAAUAGCAAAUGGAUUCCCACUGAGUGGUGUGGUAGGCAAGAAACAUCUCAUGGACAAGAUGAAACCAGGGAGUAUGGGUGGGACAUAUGCGGGUAAUGCCGUCUCCUGUGCGGCCGCAGUCGCGUGUUCCAAAGUGAUGAAGGAGGAGAACAUCUUGUCAAAUGUCGAGCAGCGUUCGGCAGAGUUAUUUUCAACCCUCCACAAGAUGCAAAGGGACCCCUCGCUGCGGAUUAGUGACGUACGAGGAGCCGGGCUAAUGGUGGCUGUCGAAUUUGGCACGGGAUCUCAUGCACCAGGGGCUGAGAAUGCUCUCAAGGGUGUUGCCGCAAAGAUCUCGAAACGGUGUGCGGACAAGGGAUUAUUGAUCCUGUCCACGUCUGUGUUUGAGGUCAUUCGGUUUAUCCCAGCGUUGAACAUCAGCCAAAAGGAGCUUGCAGAGGGUAUCAAGAUCUUUGAGGAGGUUGUGCGAGAGGUUGUGGCUAGUUCACAUUAA